AUGCCACAGCGCAUGCCGUCUAAUCGCAGACAGAGUGCUUCGCGUUCUCUUUCAACUUACAGAAGUCGUAGCAAACGCAAUCUGUCGCUACGUAGACGCUCAGCAUCAACGACCGCCAAGAGACGGAGGUCUAACAAAUCAAUUUCAUAUGCCGACGAGCGCGGAGGAGUUCUAGCCACUGUCGCAGACGAGAAUACCGAAUCUCACUAUCCUCAAGCGCUAAGUGAAAAGUCGAAGUUAUCGAGGAGGGUAAGAAAGCGGUCAUCAACUCCAGUCAGAGAAACACGAAAGCACGUCAAGAACAGCUCUGUGAAGACCGGAAAGCGACUGCCGGCUUCACAUAAAAGUCGGCACACGAAAAGCGAGUACGUCGUUUUGCUUUUUCAUUUAGGCUUGAGAACUUGA